AUACCACUUGUCCUAACCCUGGAGUUCCUGAAAAUGGACAGCAGAUUGUAGACCCUGGAAUGGAUGUAGGAAUUUCACGAACAUUUAUUCUCAAUGAUCAAGUGUUAUUCAGAUGUAAUGACGGAUAUAAACUGAUUGGAAGUGGAUCUAUAACUUGUACAUACAGACGUGCAUGGACAGGGCCUACACCGACAUGUGUUCCAAAUGUUUGUAGCAGUAUAGAAGUACCACACAAUGGUAACAAGGUCCACACUACUUCAGUAAAUGGUGAAGUUGGCUAUAUAAUUGGUGACAAAGUACAGUUUUCAUGUAAUCCAGGGUUUGAUCUAGUUGGUGAAAAUGAAAUAACCUGUGAAGAAGAUUUACAAUGGUCACAUGAUGUACCAACAUGUAGAG